AUGCCGCCCUUUGGCAACCUGCUCAAGCGAAAGGACGACAAGGAACGCUCCCUGGCUCAGGACAAGCGGAGAGCAAAGGACAAGUCGCCGCUGCCUCCUGAUGAUGCCGCCCCUCCUCCUCCGCCGCCGCCCGGCGAUGAGUUUGCCAUGCCGACGCGCGAGUAUGUGCGGCCGGACAACCAGCUGCCGCUGUCAGAGGCUGAACUGGCGGAGGAGGUGCCGCGCAUGCUGACAGCCAACAAUCCCGUUGCGCCCAAAAACCUGGCGCGCUUCAAUAUGAAGGAGCGCUGCUUCAAAUUCGACCCCAUGGUGGACCAGACGGUGCUGCACUAUGCCACCGAUGGCUGGCUGCUGCACAAAACGUCGGACGAGGCAAAGAAGCAGGCGGAGGCCGACCGCUCGGAGGCCGAGGCGGCGGCGCGCUUCCAGGCCGAGGCAGACCGCGCGGCGCGGCAGAAGGAGGCGGGCAUGGACGUGGAGCCGCCUGACGACAGCAGGCAGCUGAGGAACCAGUUUAACUUUGGGGAGCGGGCGGCUCAGACCUUCAACUAUCCGCUGAGAGAACGCGCGACGAUGACGGAGCCGCCGCCGACGGCCUCCGCGUCGGGCUGUGCACCUUUGUUUUUUGAUUGGAACCCAGCGGCCAGCGCUGCACCAGCACAGCAGUAG